UCCAUUGCUCCUGCAUCUUCUCCUCCAUAGUCGUGGCGGUUACCUUGACUUCAGCGCCAAGCGUGGCGACCGCCUGGCUAGGCUGUGCGACCAUCAUCAUCCUGAGCGGCCGACUUGACUGACCCUUCUUCUUUCUCGACAAAAAACAACCCUCACGACCUUCGUUCACCAAAUAGCUUGUUUGCUCGACAACCGACUUAGAUCGAUUGUUGGGAUCGUCGCAGUCAGAAUUAGGAUCUGGUUUUGAGGCACCCUGGAGAUUUGAACGCCCUAUUACCGCCGCUGGUGUCAUUGACCCUGCCCCUACCACCCACAACCAUGGCGGACGGUAGACAUCACCACCAGGCGACGAAUCCUGAGAACUUCGAUGCUGGCGAACUCACCAAUGCCUUCGAACAGUUGAUGCGCAACAAGCGGUUCCAUCAACUCCAAGAACAGGCUCGAUCACAAUCUCGCACGCAAUCCCCCUCUCCCGGUCUUUACCCUCCUCCCCAUCCUUCGCGAGCACCACCACCGCCGCCCCCGGCCGCACCUCAGUAUCAGUCACACCAAAUGCCCCCGCAAACAUCGUCACAGUCACCCUUACUUCGCAGCCUACCGAUUGUCCCUUCUCCUCCUCAAGACCCAGUCUCGCUCAAAUUCCGCAACCUCCUCCAUGUUCUCUCCGUCACUCCAACCAAGUACGAGAAUCCGGGUCUUCUCGACGAGGCGCUCGCUCACAUCCCUCUCGAUCGGUUAUAUGCGGAGGCUGAGGAAGAGAGUCAAAUAUUGCAGGCACAGGCAGCUAGCGUAGGAGGACGACCAGAAUGGGGCUACCAAGAUUGUGUCAUUCGGGCUUUAUUAAGAUGGUUUAAGCGUUCCUUCUUCCAAUUCGUCAACAACCCCCCAUGCUCACGAUGUUCCAUGCCUACGAUUGCACAAGGCAUGACUCCCCCUAACCCCGACGAAACCGCGCGGGGUGGCACUCGAGUCGAACUCUACCGAUGCUCAGAACCCAGCUGUGGUGCUUACGAGCGCUUUCCUCGGUACUCUGACGUGUGGCAGUUGCUGCAGACGAGACGGGGACGUGCGGGCGAAUGGGCCAACUGCUUCAGCAUGUUCUGCAGAGCCCUCGGAGGCCGUGUGCGCUGGAUCUGGAACGCUGAGGAUCAUGUCUGGACCGAGGUCUAUUCCGACCACCAGAAACGUUGGAUCCACGUCGAUGCCUGCGAAGAAGCAUGGGACCAGCCCCGCCUCUACACUGAGGGCUGGGGCCGCAAGAUCUCAUACUGCGUUGCUUUCUCGAUUGACGGAGCCACGGAUGUCACCAGACGAUAUGUCCGAAGUCCCACCAGGCAUGGUGCUCCCCGAAACCGCGUGCCUGAGGAGGUUCUGGUCUGGGUAAUUCACGAAAUUCGGAAGAAGCGCCGCGAAAACUUGUCCAAGACAGAUCAGCGACGUCUGAUGAAGGAGGACGAACGCGAGGAGAAGGAGCUCCGCACCUACACCGCAUCCGCCCUCGCAGCCGAGCUCAACAACCUCUUCCCUCAAAACACCAGCAACGGCCGCCUGGAGGACCAGAAGACUCCUGUUUCACGUCAAGAUGCUUCUGUCGAGUGGUUGACCAACAGACAAAGGACAUCAGGCCAGUCUGGCCCAGAUGGCUCGCAGGACGGUCGCUAACGAUGCUUUUUUGACCCUUUCGCCUCCUACCACACGUUGCAUACAUCAAGGCACUACGUUCCACGGUCGGCAUACACAGCAAGCGACCGACCGUCCCUGCGCCCUCAUGCAA